AGGUAUGGAUGGAGAAUGUCUCUACAUGGAGCUGCACUGGUCCCCUUAGUGCGAGCUUCCCCCACUCGCAACUGCAGGGUUCCACCGGGAUCGGCAUCCACGCCGCACUGCCCAGCGCCUGAUGCAUUACAGGCACUCAGUGACCGCGCAAUGCAACAGCUUCUGUCAAGUUCAAGGAUUGAAGAAGGAAGUAAAGCUGCGGCGGUGGACAAGUUACUGGCUGGGGACGAGAUCGUCGGAAUCAACGACAUUGGUCUCUCAGGGUUUAGACAGGAAGCGAUUUGCCUGGUGAAGGGGUCUCAUAAAACCCUGAAGCUGGUGGUGAAAAGGAAGAAUGAGGUGAGCUGGAGGCCUCAUUCCUGGCAUGCCACCAAGUUCUCCGAUAGCCACCCUGAGACGUCAGCAUCGCCGUUCCCCUCCGCCAGCGCCUGCCCUUCUUGGCACAGCCGACACCACGCGAGCUCUUCGUCUCAUGACCUGUCGGGCACGUGGGAGCGCACGAAUCUGCAGCGGACCUCGGACCAUUUUAGCUCGCUUGGGAGCGUCGACAGCCUGGACCAGCCUUCGCAGCCCUACCCCUCAGGACGCCUCUCUGCCGCCAAGUCCAACAGCAGCAUCGACCACCUGGGCGGCCAGAGCAAACGGGACUCGGCUUACGGCUCCUUCUCCACCAGCUCCAGCACGCCUGACCACACCUUGCCCAAGGCCGAUGCCUCCUCUGCGGAGAACAUCCUCUACAAAGUGGGCCUGUGGGAGGCCUCCAGGCCAGGCAGCAGCCGGCAGGGCCAGGCUGCCAGCGAUCCUCAGGGCCUGGAGGAGAGGCUCGGGCAUUUCCCAGCCCGCGUCCCCUGUGACAGCAGCAGAAGCCCCAGGCCAGAGGACAGUCCUGAGGCCAAGCUGGCCACCUCAGGGAGGCCAAAUUUUGGUCCUGUCUGGUAUGUCCCUGAUAAGAAAAAAGCACCUUCGUCCCCUCCCCCGCCCCCUCCGCCUCUCCGCAGUGACAGCUUCGCGGCCACCAAGAGCCACGAGAAGGCCCAGGGCCCUCCAUUCUCAGAGGCAGGCAACGUGCAGCACUUCCCAGGCCUGACCCACGCCCAGCCCCGCAGCGACUGGAGACCAGACGCCGCCGAUCAGCAGUGGAGGCUGGUGCGUCCCAGCAGCGGGAGAAGAGCCGGGAGCACGGGCUGUGCACCGGACGUCCCCCUGGACGGCGGGGUGCUGCCCUCCGACCCCAGGGCAGGCGGCCUGCCAGGCGCCCCUGGGCGGCUGCAGGCCUCUCUGUCCAGCACGGACGUGCGCUUCCCGCAGCCUUCCUCCGGCUGCCAGCACUCACGCCUGUACAGUGACGAGAGCCCCUUCUCGCAUGAGGGCCCCGGGGCCACCACAUCCCUGAGGGAGCAGCCCCGCGUGGCCGUCCCGGGGGGCCGCCAGGAGCCUUCUGUUGAUCGUGGCCCGGACGACGGCCCCCCUCAGGUCAGGUGGCUCGGCGCCACCAGCCAGAAGGGGGACAGCUGUGGGCAGAGCCGCUACUACUGUGUGACCAACAGACAGGCGCCGCCGCUCCACGAGGAAUCCUGGCCUCCUGACAUGGCCCGGGGCGCCCAGGAGUACCCUCCCUCACACCCGAUGGGCCAGAAAGCCCGGUGUUCCCUGCUGCAGAACGAGGCAGCCCCGGACCCCCACGAGAGAGACAGGGGUGACCCGGCGGACCGAGCAGCAGAGGGCCGCUCCGCAGGAAGUGAGGAGCCACCAAGAGCCAGCCGCGUGGACAGAGCCGGUGGGAAGAACACUUCAGAUGGUUUCACGUGGGCCGACGGAGAAAACAGCAAAAUCUCGCGUCAGAAGACGCCGAUGCUGCACUCGCUGACCCGGGAGGGGAUGCGCCGGCCUGACAACGGCCAGGAUGCGGGCCCGGAGAGGCCGCCGCCAUUUGACACCCAGGUGGGCAAACCGACGCGGAGGAGCGACCGGUUCGCCACCACCCUGAGGAACGAGAUCCAGAUGCGACGAGCCAGGCUGCAGAAGAGCAAAAGCACGGUGACGCUGCCUGGCACGGGGGGAGCCGCGGAAGAGGCCAGCGGCUGGAGGGCGGAGCGCGGAGAUGCCACCGGCGCCGCCCCAGAAGGGUCCUUCCCGGGCACCUACAGAGAGCACGUGAAGGAGGCCCAGGCCCGCGUCCUGAGGGCCACGUCGUUUAAGCGCCGUGACUUGGACCCCAGCCCCGUGGAUCAUUACGCAGGGUCACUGGAGCACCGGGCUGAGGAGCACGGCGCAGAUCUGGACACCGUUCCCCUCGUCAGGGAGGGGGGCCUGGCCAAGCCGCCCCCGCCUGGAGCGGGCGUGCCACACGUGCCCCGCAUUGGAGGCCGCAAACGGUUCACGCUGGAGCAGAAACUGAAAUCCUACUCCGAACCAGAGAAAAUGAACGAGGUGGGACUUUCGGGAGAUGAGCGCCCUCCCCAGCACCCUGGGACGUCCGAGGAGACCAUGGGCACGUUCGCCGACAGGUGGAAGUUCUUUGAGGAAACAAGCAAACCCAUUCACCAGAGACCUGGGCAGAGGCAGGCACUCUGUGGGUUCCCAAAGGAGAGGCUGGAGAGGCCGCAGACAGCAGGCCGUGGGUACGAGGGUGCAGAGCCUUGGUUCCAGGAGAGGGCCCGCACGACGUCCUUUGGAGAGAACCCCAGUGGGCACAGAAAAGCAGGGAAGGGAGGAAAACUGGAACCUCCUCAGAGACUUGGGACCUUUGCUGAGUAUCAGGCCUCUUGGAGGGAACAGAAGACAGCUCUAGAAGCCAGGAGUACCGGGAGGUAUCACUCAGCCGACGACAUCUUGGACGCGGGUCUGGAGCAACACGAGAGGCCACAGUACAUUCACGGAAGGUCCCGGUCAUCGCCAUCCACAGACCUCUACACGCAGGAAGCUUCCAUCGAACCACAACAGCAAGUGGGGGACCCUGGUGAGCGCAGAGAACUUUCCUCCGCAGUCUGGGCUGAGGACGGACAUCCCCGUCCGAGACGAGCAGAUGCCCAGUGUCCGGAAGCCAUUCCAACAGCGCAGCAGGACUCUCAGAAGCCGUCCCAGCUCUCUAAGCCACCUCCCACCUGGGAAGCGCCAGACACACCCCAGGAGGCUCGCAGCCGAGCGGGGACCCUACCUCGAGAUUACAGAUACCCAGAGGAAACGCUCGGCCCAGGACCACAUGUGCCGAGCGCCCCCCCCUCGGCCCUGCACACUCGGGGGCAGGACCCAAGGCCUGUGAACACUGCACCGCUCCCCAAGAAGCCAGCCCCACAGAGGCCACCGCCGCCCAAACGUGAACCCAGGCAACUCAAGGGCCUGGCCGGUGGCACACCUGGGACUGCUCCCCUAAGUGCCCCCAGCAAGCCCCUUCCCCCACCCUCCCCGGAGGCCCUGGAGGUGUGUGUGGACCGCCUGUCCCUGUCCCACAGCCCCUGUGCCUUGGUGGAGAAGCUAAGCAGUGCGCAGCCCGAAGACGGUGUGAGGGCCGCUGGUGAGCACGACAAGCGGCAUGUAGAUGAGCACAUAGCCUGUCCGAAGCGUGAGGCCCUGCUUCCGUCCAAGUUCCGGCCCCUGCAGACGUCUGCCAUGGAGACCUCUCGCUCCCCUUCUCCUCAGUUCGCUCCCCAGAAGCUGACAGACAAACCUCCCCUGCUGAUCCAGGAGGAGAACCCCACAAGAAUUGAGCGGGUGAUGGACAACAACACCACGGUAAAGAUGGUGCCCAUCAAGAUCGUGCACUCGGAGAGCCAGCCCGAGAAGGAGAGCCGCCAGGGCCUGUCUCGCACUGCCGAGCUGCCCGCGCUGCCCAGCGGGCUGGAGAAAGACCAGAUCAAGACGCUCAGCACGUCCGAGCAGUCCUACUCGCGCUUCUGCCUGUACAGCCGCCAGGGCGCCGAGCCCGAGCCCCAGCGCCCCAGUGCCCCAGCGCCCCGCGCCAACGACCACGGGGCCUCUCCUUCCGCGCUCAGCUACGUGAAAGCCAAGGAGAGGACGGCCGAAGACCUGAAGUCGGAGGAGCUGGCCCGGGAGAUCGUGGGGAAGGACAAGUCCCUGGCCGAUAUCCUGGACCCCAGCGUGAAGAUCAGAACCACCAUGGACCUCAUGGAGGGCAUCUUCCCCAAAGACGAGCACUUGCUGGAGGAAGCUCAGCAGCGCAGGAAGCUACUGCCCAAAGUGCCGUCUCCCAGAACCGCGGAGGAGAGGAGAGAGGAGCCAGGCGUGCCGGCGGCCCUGUCCCUCGCCACCAGCUCUUCCUACUACAGCACGUCGGCCCCCAAGGCGGAGCUGCUGAUUAAAAUGAAGGACCUGCAGCAGCAGGAGCCCGAAGACGACUCGGGCAGCGACUUGGACCACGACCUGGCGGUGAAGAAGGUAGGGAGGCCCGUUGUUGAGGACGCCGUGCCCGUUAAAUGCUUAGCGGCUAAGCCUUCUGGAUGCAUAAGUGGCCACCUGCCGGGCUCCCCGCUUCCAGGUGUGUCCUCCCAGCUCCACCCAACUCCACCCAAGAUGACUGGCCACCGGUACCUCGUCCAGCUACCCGAGCUCCUUCGGCCUCCCCUCCGGGGCUUUACCCCACUUCGCGGGACCAUCUUGGCGCCGCCGCCGCCGCGGGCCCGGGAGAGCGCCGAGCUGCCGCUGCCCGCCGGCUGGGAGGAGGCGCGCGACUACGACGGCCGCGUCUUCUACAUCGACCACAACACGCGCCAGACGUCGUGGAUCGACCCCCGCGACCGGUAA